AUAUGCCGACGGUAUGACAACAAUGUGGCGGGGAGCUGAUUGGUUGACUCUCACAGUUUUGUUUCCGGGGCGCAAGUGAGGCAGUGGGGAGAGACGAGACAGCAGUCCACCCGACGCACACUGAACAUCAACCCUACGCGGGUGAUGGCGUCUGAAGAACAUGGUGACGCUGUCCCGGUUAGAACGUCGUGGAACCCUCUGCGUGCCUUACGUUCGUGGGGGAGGAUUGAAGAGCAACCAGACUUGGAACAGCCUGGGCCCGUGAUCACUCAUGGGAGUGCUUUGGACGUGAUGGUGGUGACACAGUUUCGCCCCGCUUGGGAGAUUCAAGCACACCUCCGCUUCGUCCGCUUGCCCUACAGAGUCGAGAACAGCAGCUACAUGGGGUCGGCGGCGACGGGCCUGUACCCCGCCCUCACGGACGGCCAGUUCGUCCUCCGCUCCGAGGACGCGGCCGGCCACAUCGCCAGCAGGCGCAGUGACGUGGACGUCGGCCUCACGGAAGCGGAGAAGGUGGAGGCUCAGGCGUUAGCCAUGCUGGUGAGGGAGGGGCUCCAGCCGCUCCUUCGGGUGAUGCGCUACAUGGGGGACGAGGGCGAAGUCCGGCAAACGGUCCAUCCCCCGAUGAAGAAGGCGUUGUCCUGGCCGCUGUCGUGGUGGUCGCCCGCCGCGGAGGGCCGGCGGAGCAAGCGGGAGUCUGCGGUUCGCGGUCUCGACCGGCUGAGCAAGGCUGAGCUGAUAGGCCGGGCCAAGGAAAUGUACGCGGCCCUCGACCUGAGGCUUGGAAACAGCAAGGAGGCGUUUUUCUUCGGAUCGAGACCUACUUCCGUCGAUGCCGUGGUUUUCGGGCACCUUGCGGAGGCGUGGACGAUAGCGGUGCUGCUGGACUUGCUUCCCGCAUUCGACAACCUGUCUCGCCUUUUCCGACAUGUGUGCGACAACUACUUUCGGCCGGGAUCAUUCCCGCCUCCGUCUUCCGGCGGCGAGGGAGUUGCAGAGAGCAAGAAAAGCGGCAGCGAGGACCGGCUCAGGGACGCCAUGCUAAGAGCGGACUAUGUGAACUCCCAUAACGCUUUCAACCAGCUGGCGGGGUGUGCUCUGUGCUCCGAAGUCCCCUACAUCGAGGACCCUUAUCCCCCAAGACCGAUCGCCAACGCCGGUAUACCGCCACCAGUCCUUGCGGGAGAUUUGCCCGGGGUCGAAGGGGCGCAAGGAACUGCCGCGGCCGGGAGCACCACAGCGGCGGCGGCAGCAGCAGAGGCAGCGGCCGGGAAAGCAACCGCGGCGAAUGAAUCCCUCCCCGUCAAGUACACCGUCAUUUCCAUUGCGGCCUUCAUGGUUCUCUCCAACAUUCUGUCACGGGGGUGA